AGAACCAGUUCUUCUUGUUUUGGUGAAUCAGUUCUUGUCGUUCACGUUCGGGAUUUGUUCGUUGUGAACGAAUCGUUCGCGACCGACUCAUCCCUACUAGCCACCUUCUUGAAGGCACCAGACCAGACGAGGGUCACCGAGCAGAUGAACAGCGACUGGAGGAAAGUCAACUACAGCUGCAACAAGAUCUGACGACACAUGCCACUGCCUUUGUGAUAAAUGCCCGAGCCAAGCAUCGUUUGUCACAGGUACAAUGCUUCCCUAAAAAUGUGUUUGAACAGAACAAAACAUUUUGUUAUUUACACAGUUAAAGACCUACUUCACCGGCGGAAAUAUGAAGGUGUAUAGAACUCUGAGAUCCUAUGUCGUAUAAAUGUGCACCUUUAUACUAGAACAUCCUAGCCUGAGAAAAGGAGUAAAGAGUGUUUUAUGGUCUCACUGUCUAACCCUACAUAAAAAAAAAGUAAAAUAUAGGGGUAGGAUUAAUAGGACAGCUGGGCCAAGGGAAGACUGAGGGAAGAAAAAUCGAAUUCAUUAUAUUAUAAUAGCGAUUUUAUAAUGAUAAAACGCCGGUUCUGUAUGGGUGAAGUAUUCCUUUUUAAGCAAAGCAGUUUACAGUGGUGAUACAGUGGUGAUACCUCAUGUUAAUUACUAUUUUAUCAGCAAAUCUGUAUAUCAAAAGUAGCAGUGGUGAUCAUGAUGAUGUGUUCCAACCUCUGACAUUAAUGACAUGACUCUCUCUCUCUUUCUAUUUUAUCUCAUUUUCAGAAAGACAUGAAUGACAUUGUUGCUGGGGUACAGCAGUAUCAAUCAUCACUAUUGGACAACUCCGGAAGCAGGUGAAGGACGUGGUAAAAAAGCAUUCAGAUAGCACAACAAGUCAACUUGAAAAUGAUGCAAUGGAUAUAUUUGACAAUUUCAUUGACCCCUUUGCUAAUAUUGCAACAACAUUUAGACAGACAGCGUCAUUAGGAAGCAGUUCAGCUGUGUGGAUGCAGAGGAAAUUCCAAUUGCUCCCACCAUAAUUAGAAAGAAACUUGGAGGAUCCAGUGAAUGUCUCAUCAAAGACAAAGUAUUUUAUUAUGUACCAUUAGUUAAAAGUCUAGAGCAGUUAUUAUCCCAUCCAAGGGUUUUGACUGAUUGAAAAGGGACCCUCUCCUGGAACCGUCACCUUAUCGUGGUGGAGAGGUUUGCGUGUCCCUGUGAACCUGAGAGCUGUGUUGUCUGGAGCCUUGUGCUCCUGGUAGGGUCUCUCAUGGCAGAGUGGUCUCAGGUGAGGGGCCAGACUAAGAAUGGUUCAAAAAACUCCAAUGAAGAACGAAAAAAGAGGAGAUGUGACCCGGCCCGGAGGAAGCCCGGGGCCCCCGUCUGGAGCCAGGCCCAGACGGAGGGCUCGAUGGCGAGCGCCUGGUGGCCGGGUUUGCCACGGAGCCCGGUCGGGCACAGCCCGAACAAACUACGUGGCACCCCCCCUCUCUUCAUCCCAUGGGCCCACCACCUGUGGGAAGACCCGUUGGGGUCGGGUGCGCAGCCACAUGGGUGGCAGCGAAGGUCAGGGGUCUCGACGGACCAGACCCGGGCGGCAGAAGCUGGCUCUGGGGACGUGGAACGUCACCUCGCUGUGGGGAAAGGAACCGGAGCUUGUGAGGGAGGUGGAGCGCUAUCAGUUAGAUCUGGUGGGGCUUACCUCCACGCACAGUCUCAGCUCUGGUACCGUACUCCUGGAUAAGGGUUGGACUCUAUUCUUCUCCGGAGUUGCCGAGGGCGUGAGGCGCCGGGCGGGUGUGGGGAUACUCAUAAAUCCCCGGCUGAGCGCCGCGGUGUUGGAGUUUACCCCGGUAGACGAGAGGGUCGCCUCCCUGCGCCUAAGGGUUGUAGGGGGGAAAACUCUGACUGUUGUUUGUGCGUAUGCACCAAACAGCAGCUCAGAGUACUCAGCCUUCUUGGAGACCCUGAAUGGAGUCCUGUAUGGGGCUCCAGUAGGGGACUCCGUAGUUCUGCUGGGAGACUUCAACGCCCACGUGGGCAACGAUGGAGACACCUGGAGAGGCGUGGUGGGGAGGAAUGGCCUCCCUGAUCUAAUCAUUUUAAACUUCAACAGACACCCGCCUUCAAGUGAGUUAACGUUUGUCAAUUGAUUAGGUCCAGACUCUCUGUACAAAUGAAAUGAAGUGAAGUACGAGAGUCUGGUAGAACCAGGCUAACUUUGAUCGGAAUGUCACCUGGAAUGUCACCCGCGAAAAGACCGGUGACUCUGCUGCCACCCAUGGCGUGAGUGGUGUAUUGCAUGUCAUGCAUUGCCCGCGACGUUCGCGUAUGCUGUGUAGACUAUGAAAGGAAGCGCGUCGCUCGCAUCACUCGCGUCGUUUACGCGCGUUGCUCGCGUCGACUAU